AUGGAUCUCAUAGGGGACAUUGUUGAGCACGAUAUUGAGGCACCAACACCUCCAACUUUUGAAUCAAAGGCUGCUGCUGAACAAGAACUUUCAGAACCAAAGCAUAAAGAUGGGUAUCAACUUGAUGGCACUACUGGUCUCAAGAGACUUCCAAAAGAUCAACAAAAAAUGAAUUAUGAUAAUUUGUCAGAAGCUGAAAAGAUUCAUUUGGAAAAUAUUGAAAUUUUGAAUAAUAUGAAUGAAGAACAAAGAAUGGCUGAAAAGCAAGAAUUAUUGGACUCUAUGGAUCCAAGAAUCUUGAAAGCAUUACUAUUGAGAAGUGAAAAGAAAUUGGCAAAAAAAUCAGAAGCUGAAUUUGAAGGGUAUGGUGAUUGGAUUGGAGGUGAUAAGAACGGUGAAGCUUGGAAGGAACCAACACUGGAUAUACAAGAUGUUGAUGAAGCUUUAGGAAUCAAAUCUUCAUUGAAAACAGAUGUACCAAAAAGCCCAGGGAGUGCUAAGAAAGUCAGAUUUGAUAGUGUCUCAACUGUUCAGUAUGAAGAUAAGAAGGAAAAAGAUGAAGAAUGGGAAGAUAUUGAAGAUCUUGAUGAAAUUGCACCUCCAUCAUAUCAAAUCAAUCAGGAAGCUGAUUCAGUUCCAAUUGAAGAAGCUAUUGCAAGUGUUCAUUUCCCAAGGCCUGCUAUUGAUGAUGAGGAAACUUAUAAAUUGGAUAUUAAUGAUCCAGAUUUCCAAGAUAAAUUACAUGAGAAAUAUUUCCCUGAUUUACCAAAAGAUACAGACAAACUCAAAUGGAUGGAACCAUUGCCUGAACUUGGCUCAGGUGAUUUGGUAUUCGAUAAUGUCGCUGAAUUAAGAUUUGAUUUCAAAGGUGAUUUGAUUGUCCCAACUGGUAAUAACAACAUCAGCACUACAGAAGGUCUUCAUCAUCAUUCAGAAAACCCUUCACUUGCAGGAUACACUUUAAGAGAAUUGGCACAUUUGAGUAGGUCCACUGUUCCAGGUCAAAGAUGUAUAGCUAUACGAACAUUGGGGAGAAUACUGCACAAAUUGGGUAAGGGAAAAUACAAUAUCAUUCCAGAAUUUGAACCAGAUGAAGAUGGAGAAGAAGUACCAAUCAAUGCUGAAGCUUUAAGAUCAGCAGCCUCUGAAUUUGAUCAAAUGUUUUGGGGUUUAAUUGAUGAAUUAAGAGUAAUUGACACAUUAGAAGAAAGUGCUGAUGAGAAGUUUACCCCUAAUUUGAGUGUAAGAAACUAUGCUAUAGAGGCCCUCUGGCUAUGGAAACAAGGUGGAGGUAAUAAGAGACAUGCUAAAUAG